GUGCUUUCAGUCGACGCGCAGCGUACAGCAACGCGUAUAUCGGCUGGUUCUUAAACAUUCACAACGUUCUUGUUGCACAGGAAACGAUAUUCAACGUUUAAUCGGCAGUUGAAGCGAUCAUACGAACAGUUACGCUAAGCAUGUCCGCGCGUCAAGUUCUUCUGAAAUAAAUCGCCGGUUACAGUGUGAAUUAACCAUGGAUAGACCGGUGUUUUUGGUGCUGCUUGUUUGUUCAGUGGCGCUUUUUCAUUCCUAUGGAACCAGUGCGACUGUUAAUCGGGGUUACGUGUUUACGGCGCCAAAGCGGCUUUUAGCCGGCGAAACCGAAAGCGGAUGCGUGUCUCUGCACAAUUUGGAACCACCAGCGCACAUUCUCCUCGAGUUGUUGUCUCCGUCAUCGGUACAGGAAGAGGAAGUAUUGGCUAGCACCAGCUCUGUCAUAAAGACAGGUAUAGAAACAUGUUUAGAAUUAAUCGUGCCAUCGACGAAGUAUUCGAACGCAAGGCUUCGAUUGAAGAUGAAUUUCGACAAACAUCGCGAUUACGUGGUCGAGUCAGAGAAAGAAGUAUACAUCGAGCACGAUUCUUUGAUCACGUUCGUGGAAACUGACAAGCCAGUUUAUAAACCAGGCCAGGAUGUUAAUAUCAGAGUUCUGAUGCUCAAGCACGACUUGAAGCCGUGGAAGAAAGAGAUUCCAAAAGUGUGGAUCGAAAAUCCUUCAGAAGUAAGGGUGGCGCAAUGGACGAACGUGAGCACUGAGACUGGCAUGGCGCAGUUGCUGUUUCCUCUGUCGCCAGAACCAAGCUUGGGGACUUGGAAAAUAAAAGUGGAGAAGAAGAGGUCGCAUCCCCAGCUGGUUCACACAACCAUGUUCGAAGUGAAAAAAUACGUUCUACCGAGAUUCCAACUGACGAUUAGUUCACCAGGAUAUAUCCUUGCUGAUGCGGAGGAUGUGACUUGGAACAUCUGCGCCAAGUACAGUUACGGCAAGCCUGUUAAAGGCACUCUGUUCUUGAAGUCUACCCCUCAGACACCAAGUUGGAGAAGAAAGCUCAAUCUACCGGAAAUACAUUACGAGACCGAAUUGGACACAAGGAACGGAUGCACAGAGUACGUUCUUUCUGGAGCAGCUCUCGGCUUAGCUCGUUGGAAAGUGGCGCCUAACAAUAUCGUUCUCAUAGCGAAUUUCACGGAAGCUGGGACAGGCGUAGUAGAAACAACGAUUAGUCGGACAAUGGUGAUGCAUCAGGCUUUGAAACUGGAAUUCGUCUCUCACACGCCUAAAUACUUCAAACUGGGCUUGCCUUAUCACGGAAAGUUACGAGUGUUGCGCCAUGACGAUACCCCAGCGCCCAAUGAAAAAAUUCAGCUCUGCCUAAAAGUACGCGGAAAAGAUGAAAUGGUUCGCGUUGUGGUGGAAUGUCGCAAUUUCACAUCGUCUGCAGACGGUUUCGUUGAUUUUAUCGUACCACCACCGCAUAAAAAUAUCGUUCUAUUGAGCUUCGUCGCAACUGGUGUUGACUACCCGACGAAAUACUAUUCGCCUGACAAACGCUGGAGGGUGUUCAUGGAUCAACCUUCGGCACAUAUCGACGUAAACCCUUGGUACUCUCCAUCCGACAGUUACUUAGCAGUGGCACGAGGCUAUCAACCAAUCGAAUGCGGGGAGAAGUACUCCUUCAACGUAAUGUACACGGUUCCUUCUCACACCAAACCCAACGAGUCCAUUUCUUUCCAUUACUCCAUCAACUCGAAGGGCGAUCUGUUGAUAUACGGCCAUGUGAAGCACAAGCCCAGCCGAGACACCAUAUUGAAUUAUUCAGAAUUUCAUAAUCUGUUAGGCGCCGUCGAAUCGCCUACCAACAAAACCGACCAAGGCUCCGACGUCCACAGGUUCCCGUUAAGCGUAAAAGUUACACCAAGCAUGGCUCCAGUAUCGGAGCUGCUGCUUUAUUACGUGCGACCCGACGGGGAGAUCGUUGCCACCACGUACACAAUCGAGGUUGGCCACUGUUUCGAGAACAAGGUGAAGAGUGCAUGGCACACGGACGUUCAAACGCCAGGAGGGACCACUCAAUACCACGUGGAAGCCGCUCCAUGGUCUCUUUGCGGGAUUUCCGCCGUCGACAAGUCGACCCUCUUCUUGGCUGGAUCGAAACCCAACCUCGUCGACGCCAGCCAAACCUUCGACCAACUGAAAAGGUUCCAUCCGACGCCAGAAACCCAUCCAAUCUGGUCCUGGGCCAACUGCAAACCAACAGCAGCAGCAGCGGAAGAGUCGAUGGAAGAAAUCGAUCAUCUGCCGCUUCUUCCGCUAAAAUCACCGUUCAGUUGGAUCGUGGGAAGACGAAGAAGGAACUUGAUCACGUACAACGCUGGCGUUAACUAUGUGGAUGCUAUACAAGCUUUCGACGAUUUCGGUGUGGUUGUAAUGAGCGAUUUGAUAAUAGAAACGCGACCUUGUCCGCUGUUCUUCAGGGAACGCUCAGUGUCGCCGUGGUUCAAGGUACAGAUGAUGCGGGAAGACAUGGACGAACCCGACAUGCUGAAAGCGAUGCAGCCAACUGCCUUUCCGUUAAUCAAUUUCGCCGUUUCCGCUGCAGAGAUGAGCCCUGAAGUAGGAUACGUCGACCAAUUGCCCGAUCAAACGACCACCCUGAGAUCCUAUUUUCCUGAAACGUGGUUGUGGGAGUUAAUACCAACCGAGGAAGAAGGUAAAGUGACGAUAGAUCUCACCCUUCCACACACAAUCACCGAUUGGGUUGGCUACACUACCUGCAUUUCACCGAUCCACGGCCUCGGUAUUGCGCCCCCGACAACCAUAACAGCGUUCCAGCCGUUCUUCCUCGACUACAGCCUACCAUACAGCGUGAAACGUGGAGAGAUGUUGCGUAUGAAAGUUUCCCUCUUCAAUUACAUGCAACACAAAUUACCUGUAGCAAUAAAACUAGAAGAUGCUCCAGGACUCGAUUUGCAUCUGUCGCAUCCGAAGGCUUCGUUCUGUGUGAAACCACGAGGCAGCGUUGUUCACGAAUUCAUCCUCAGGCCACGUGUUAUCGGGGAAGUUAACAUAACAGUGUCUGCUUCUAUAGAUCCUGAUUACGCCGAACCUUGCGGUCCCGACACCUUGAUAUUUACACGGGACAUUAUCGUGAAGCCGAUUCUCAUACAGCCAGAGGGUUUCCCCAUGGAGACGACGAAAUCUUCGUUCAUUUGCCCGAAGGAUUUCAGCGACGAUUCCACGAUCGUGUGGGAUUUGAUAUUACCCGAAGACGUGGUGCCUGACAGUGGCAGAGCAUACGUGAAUUUAAUCGGAGACAUUUUGGGUCCGGCGCUUGAAAAUUUGAACAAACUUGUGCAGCUUCCAAUGGGCUGUGGUGAACAAAACAUGAUACUCCUUGUACCAAAUAUUCACGUGAUUAGAUAUUUAGACGCUGCUGGAAUCGAGAAUCCUGCCCUUCGAGCGACAGCUAUUAAAAACAUGGAGAAAGGGUACCAGAGAGAGCUGAAUUAUAGACAUCCGGAUGGCUCCUAUUCCGCGUUUGGACCGGACAGCUUAGGGGAUGGAAGCUCUAUAUGGUUGACCGCGUUUGUAUUGAAAUCAUUCUCUCAAGCCAGAAGCCUGAUUCAUAUAGACGAGCGUGAAUUGAAAUUGUCUGUCAAGUGGAUCGUGAAGAAGCAACUCGAAAAUGGCUGCUUCCCCGUAGUAGGCAGAGUUUUCCACAAAGAGAUGAAGGGUGGUCUCCAAGAGUACGACAGUUCGUCAUCGGCUCUAACAGCGUACAUUCUGAUCUCUCUGUUCGAAUCUGGGGUUCCCUUGUCAGCAACUCUUAUCAGCAAUGCCUUGUUCUGCCUAGAAAAAGGAAUGAUUAACAACAACGAUAGCCCUUACACUGCAGUUCUCUCCACUUACGCGUUAGCCUUGCUGGAACACCCCAAAGCCAACGCCAGCAUGAAGUUACUCAUGGAUCGUGCCACGCAUCACAAUGAUCUGCUUUGGUGGGAGGACAAAACAAAGCCUUCGUUGAGUCUGAGCAUCGAGAUGACAGCAUACGCUGUUCUAACGUUGGUGGAACUAGGUGGCGAGGAGAAUAUGGUUCACGCUUUGAAAGCUGUGCGUUGGAUGUCGAGGCAGAGGAACGCUAACGGUGGAUUUACCUCCACGCAGGACACGGUCCUUGGUUUGGAAGCUCUCACAAAAUACGCUAUGGCUGUGAACAGUAACGCCACCGAUUUGUCCGUCCUCGUGACCGCUGGGGAAGUUGAUCAAGUUUACAGGAUGCAUAACGACAACCGCAUGGUCCUCACACAGAUUCGUUUGCCCGUUUUGCCGACCAUCGUGGAAAUAUUUGCGGAAGGCGAGGGCUGCGUGUUGGUUCAGAGCAAUAUUAAAUAUAACGUCGCUCAUGCUACCGGUUCAGAGGCGUUCGAGCUUUCCGUGGCUGCUCAUUCCGUGGCAUGCGAAUGCGCGGUGCAAGAGAUCACUGCUUGCGGCCGAUACAAAUUGGCAGACGAAGAAAGUAACAUGGCUCUGCUCGAAAUUGGAAUGAUAAGCGGCUACGUUCCGGACCGAGCGAGCCUGCACACCUUAUUAGGAUCACCAACUACAAGAGUGAAACGUUUCGAGGAGAACAACGACGUCGUUACUAUUUAUUUCGAUAAGCUGACCUCUCGAAAGACCUGCAUUUCGUUCACGGUGAUAAGAGAGAACGCCGUUGAUCGUCUCGAGCCAGCGAACGUGAAACUGUAUGACUAUUAUCAGCAAGAACUGACGGUAUCUAGUAGCUACAAUUUCUCCCCGACUUGUAGCAGCGCGGACCCGAACGAGGAACCACGUCCUCCGGUCGUGAUGCCAAGGGUGGAAUUAUUCGCGGCCUUGCCAGCUGACAAGUCGUCGUUACAGGAAGAAGAUCUAAAAAGCGACGCGCCGAUGGAAAAAUCAGCGAAAAAGAAGGCGAACGAGAGAGUCGACGAGAAGAUAAAUAAUAAAAUCGUCGAUGGAAAAUCCGUAUCGCCGAAAGGGCCAAGCUUGGUCAACAAGCUGCAAGACGACGCGACGAGCAAAAGGGAGAAGAUGAGGGACAUAAUCGAAGAAGCAUCGAUCAGUGGGGUACGACCUAAAAUUGACAACGUACCAUUGGUGGAGAACUCGAAUCCAAAAAUUAACGAGGAUGAGAUAGAUUCUAUGGCACACGUGCGCACCACCAAUGACAAUAGCAUCGUUGUUGAUCAUUCGAACACUCCACAGGUAGAAUCCGGAAGUGGUCUGACACCUGACGAACCAGACUCCCAUCAGAAUCCCAAUUUCGAUUCCAAUAUUGGAACGUCAGACAACGCGGAGAACCUUUCAACGAUUUUCACGAAGGAAACGGAGGAUUCGGAAUUACCAGGAAACCCCUCUUUCGUCGUCGUCAGUCACGAAUUGGAAACUCCGGAAGGGAUCGAAGGACCAGUACCCGUUUAUGUGAAACCAGAUAAUUUUGACUACAGAACUGAAGCUACCGUUGCGACGUUGACGCCUGAAAUGGAAAAUCAAAAUUUGUCACAGGAGGAGUCCGAUGGUCGAACAAAGAAUGCCACAAACAGCGAUGCCCAGGUUUCGUCGCCAACGAGUGUGAAACAGUCUUGUCCUGUGUGCAUCGACAAUUUGCCGACGGAUUUCUACAACGUUUAUUGCUCGGCGAGUAGCGCUGUCAAAGUAGCAAUCAGACGAUUGAAUAAAGCAAGAUUGUUACUGGAUUUGCAUGCGUCCCGGGAGGUUCAACGUCUACGUGCCACUGUCGAGUUCACUUUAGAUUCGAGCUGCUCCUGUUCACCGUUAGAUUCUCCUGGAAGUCUGGCGUUAAUAGUAAACAAGGACAACGACAUUCUCGCAUCCGGGGAUCACAAACAGAUACUGAACAAUUCGUUUUCUGUGUACGGAUUGCCAUCGGUGAGCGGCGUGCCACGCGAGAUAACAGACGCACGAUCCGCGUGUCCUAAUCAAACGAAGGAUCAGUCAACGUACGUGGAUCCUCCGGUCGGUGGUUGAACGGCGCCGGAUAUAUAUAUAUACUUUUUAAUAUUUAAAUAUGCAAAGCAUCGGGAACAGUAAAAUACUCGUUGUGUUUUGUGAAACGCCAGCAAGCUGUUUCGGAAAACUGCUUUUCGGAGAAUUGGCCUCGCUCAUCUGUAAACUUCGAUCAUAAAGAUACGCUAUUUGCAAACUUCGCGCAGGGUAUAUACAUAAUUCCUUCUUCUUUUUGUUUGUUUCUUUUUCUUUUUUUAUCUACAAAUAUGUCAAUCAAUUAUAUAAUUAAUGAUAGGAUAAGUUAUAUGAUAAAGUUAUCACUCUCGUCGCAAAUAAAUUGUCAUAUAAGGGAAUGAUCGUUUCUUUCUUUAAACGAAUCGACGAAAUUGUAAAUAAAUACGAGAGAACGCUUUCGACGCAAAUGUUUAUCGGUAAACAACUGACAUUACUUUUUCUGUAUCGACGAGUGAACACGCAAGAAGGCGCAUAUCGUGUGUUUGUUGCACUUUUAUUUAUUAUCUUUGUAUCUGAUCGCUACUGAAAUAAUUAUUACAAAUUAACAAUCACCUUUCGAACUGUACUACAUUAAAUAUUAUUUUAUUACAAUGGA